GCGAAGAACGAAGAACUUCCGACCCCACAUCGACAUUGCAGUUGGCGGUUGCACUAGUUCGCAACGCAAGUGGUGAACGCAGCUUGGCACAUUUUAACCUGACUCGAAUUGACGAAACACUGCGUGGCAUUGCAUUAUUGUAUGCUUUGGCGUACCAAUCAUUUUCCUCUUCAACUUAAUCGUCGUGCCAAUGAAUGACUUAAAAGAUAGGAUAAACAAACCCCGGUCCCUCCGUGGUACCCCCAGUUACGCAUACAUAAAUAAACUCAGUUUUGGUCUUCUCAUCUUUACCAGUUUAAUAGGUCUUUCUUUUGGAGUUAUCCAGUGGAGGAAAGAAGUUCGGAGAGGCAACUUUGAGCCAGUAAGCUUAGAAGAAGUGGCUAAAUCUGAUCAGGAAUUCAGAAUAAAAGCUUACGUCGAAUAUAGGAAGCGACAAAUAGCGUCAAUAAGACAAGAACAAGAGGAGGAUGAAAUGUACCGACCAGGAUUCUAGUAAAAUGGAUAAGCAGCCAAAACGAAGGGUGUUGUCCCUUUCUCUAUCUCAACCAGGAAAACAGAACAGGAGACUUAAGCUGAAGCGACACGCUUCUGCUGCCUCUCAAAAUGAUAGCAAAGUGUUCCCAUCUGAAGACUGGCAAGAUGUUAACAAUACAAGGGAUAGUCUGGAGAUGAAUGUAUCUGAGAACAGAUCCAAUAUAAUUGCCUCAAAGACUUCUGAUGAUCAGCUGGCCAUCAAAUCACUUUUCCCUGAUAGCAAUGAAACAUCAUUCGCCCUAACCACUGUUGAGCAGGAAAAAAAAUCAGUUAGUGUUGAUAAACUAAAAUCGGCGGAUUGUCUAAAGGAACAAAAUGUGUCCUUUGAUUGUGCCCGGGCUAAUAUUACAACACGAAGUGGAAGGAAGGCACCUUUACCCGACAAGCCAACAAGCUCAGCGACUGAAGAGGAUUGUGAUUUUGAUGAUUUUGUGAAACCUCCCUGCAUUAAAAAAAAGGCAGUGAAUGUUGCGCAUAAAGAGACAAGUGGAGGUUCCCAUUCAAAUGCCACCAGUGGCAACAAGCCAAAUGAGAGAGGAGGCAUUGCACUUCCCACAUUGUGUAGUAGAGGUUUAGACCCAACCUUAGCAGUAAAAGAAGCUAUACCAUCAGAGGAGAUGAGGACACCUGCAUGUGUCCCCUCACCAUCUUUGGAUAUCCCAGUACCUGAUAAACCUUCUGAAUCGGCCGCUGUUCUGAAAGAUGAUGAAUGCUUUGAGAUCCUGCAAUGUCCUUUAUGCUGCAAAAUGUUUGAUAAACUAUCCUCAAAAACUUCCCAUUUAAAAAGCUGUGCAUCAAAGCACAAAGUGUCAACCCAGCAAUUGCUUGAAGCUCUUGAACUACAACAACGUCAAGCAUCAGAAAGGAGAGCUCUAGGUCUUCCACCAAUCUCUCCAUCUGUGGAGAAAGUCAAGAAACCUCACACAUCCAGAAAGGAGACCCGUACUAUUUCUAAAGUAGAUAAUAAUUUACAACUUGCCUUGGCUCUAUCACUAUCCUUACAAGAUGCAGAGCAGGGUGUCGGGGAGUCAACAACUCGUGAACCUACAGUAGGAGUUUCUCUUGACCAUUUUGGAUUUACCAGCAAAUCUGUCUUAAAUGCUGUUCAGCCUCGUCCUACUACAGUACCUCUACCCAAAGGCAAGUCAAAAGCAACAGCUCUAAAGACACCUGCUCUGUUAACACGAACUCCAGAAGAGAGACAACGAAUAAUUACUGAGAAGGUGGCAAUGGUGCUGAUGGAAGAAGUAGCUUCAGGAGAGGAAAAAGACUUGCAGGAGGUCAAUGUGAAGUCCUUAUUUCUCCAGGAAUGUGUUGAUGUGGAAAGAGCAUUGUGGGCCAAGUCCCAUACAUCCCCAUCCAAAAAUGAUCGAACUUCUUACUAUGUACAAAACUUACGCAGUUUCAUAUCACCUAGCAAAGUAGAAAUGGGAUCAAAAGUAAUGCAUCUCUCACAGGUUGUAGGUCGUCUUCACACACCAACUAAGGAUAAGAAACAACACAAAGAGGAAGACUUAGACCCAAACUGUCCAACUGAUGAAGAGGUGUCAUCUGAUACAAGUUCUCCUUCUCACCAGCAGAAUGAGUUAAAGGACCCUACACAAAUUGAAAUGGAACUCCGGGCCAAACUUUUCAACGAUUGGGCUAGCAUGGUGAACAAUGCUACCAUGAGUGACUUGGCUAUUUACCCUCAAGAGGGCAGAGAGAUCCCAGCCCACAAAAUGGUUUUGCAUGUCCGUUGUCCUCGAAUUUUAAAAGAUAUCUGCAGGCAAAGAAACCCUCUGACUGGAAAUGAAGUAGAAGUGAUAAUGUGGUCUAAAACUCCUCACGCAGCUGCCUUAGCUUUUCUUGAGUAUGUUUAUUGUGGUUCUGUUAAGUCAAUUCGGGUCCUCUGUGAUGACUUAUCAAGCAUUUCAUGGCUGGCAGACCACUACAAAGUUGCUGACUUACUGAGGUAUCUUAGAUCUGUAUCUCAAAGUGGUCUGAUCUCCCAGACAUCCUCACAAUUUGCUUUGAAUGUGAUAAAGGACUUUAGUGAAGAUUGCCCAACACAUGUGUGUGAAUCUGAAAAAGAAAGCGUUCUGCCGGUUUUGAAUGAAAAUGUGGGUUUACGAAAACUAUCCAAAGCAUCAGUUGAUAUAGUUCUAUCACCAGCUGGAACGCCUAACAGGAGUGAUACAGAUUCCAUUUACAGUGAGGCCACGGUACAAGGAGCAGACAAUCGCAGCACUUGUUCUUCUCCUGACAUGUUCGCCGAUGAUGAGACAGACCACAUUACACAUGAUGGUAGUAAAAGGCACAGCAUGGCAAAUGCUAUGGAUUCUGCUAAUGUUAAUGCUGAAAGACAUUCGCUGGCCAAGACGCUAUCUUGUAAUGAUGGGGACGGUGUGAGACCUCCUUCCAGAUGUGCUUCUGUAUCAAGCGAACAAACAUUAAUUGCAGAGAGGACUUCACCUCCAGUUUCCCGUUGCUCUUCUGCUGCUUCCAGUGAAAAAACAAUUAUCAUCUGUACAAACUCGCCACCCCCAUCACCAGCAAUAUCCAAUACAAGUGCUUCAACGGAAUUGCUUGACUUUAAUCAGAGUGGUGGCACAAGUAGACCUGGUUCCUCCUUGAACGAUUCAAAGAGAAAACAUUCUAACAGUUCUCAAGACGGCAAUUCAAGCUUAUGCAAGCGGCCCUGUCCAGAGAGCUCGACUGCAGAACAUCAGGCUGAGAAAGAAGAUAGCGAUGUUGAGAUUUUUGACCUCACCCAGGACUCUAAUUCUAGUACAUCUUUUCCAAUCAUUCAAAAUCAGUUUUCUGGUAAUUCCUGUGAUAAUAGUAAUAUGCCAGCAGAGAGUAACAUUUCAGAUGGUGAGACAAUCAUUAAAAGUCCAGAGCAUGUGAAAGGAAUUAGCAAUGAAGAAAGUGACUGUAGUGAUGGUAAUGAUGAGGGCAGCAAAGUCAAUGGAACCAACAACGGCAACUGCCAUGAAGAUGAGAAGCCUUCGGACUGUGAUGCAGAUGUAGCUUAUGUUAGUCCUGUCUGGGAAGGAUUUGAAGAUUUGAAUUAUGAUGACCCAUUUCUAAAUGAGCCUCAUUUUGAUAUUGGCUCUCCAAAUACCACACCUGUAACUACUCCAAGGGCCGUUGAAACUGAUUCCCGAUCUGAGAGCAAAAGCCCGCUUAAAGUGGCUUCAUCCUCGGAGGAAAAGUGUAGCGAUGUUGACAUCCAAGGCUCCUCUGAUUGUGAAAUAACAUACUCAAGUCCUACUUCUACUGUGAUAUCAAAGCAUUCAAAACCAUCAACAUCAGACUUUAAUGCUCUUCUGGAUGACUCAUUAAAUAUGAAUGACUCAGUUUUGCUACAAGCAGAAAAGGGUGUUGCAGGAAAGUUAACCCAAAGAGAGACCAAGGGCACCCCAGUCAAUCGCAUUCUCUCCUCAGAACCAGACGGUGUCACACCUUUGGCUAACUAUAGCGCCAUGAAAACUCCAGAGCUGAAAAAAGAAUUGCAGAAGUAUGGUCUAAAGCCCACUCUUGGAAAGAGGAAAGGGAAAAUAAUGCUUCGUCAUAUUUAUAAUGAGCUCCAUCCUUGGGUACCACUAGAAACAAAUCAGAGCUUGCCAGAUAGAAUCUCUCUUAGUCAACCAACCUGCUCAAGCUCUAUUGAAAACAAGAUUGUUUCAUCAAAUGAACCAAAUUCAAGAAGACUAUCAUUUUCUGACUCUGACAGUAUAGAGAAGAAUACAAUUGCCUUUGAUAAGGAUUGUAGAAAUUCUGCAACAGAUUCAGACAGUGAGUCAAAUUACAGUAAUAGGUCAGUAAGUACAAGUCUGCAAGAAAUCCAAUUUAUGGAAGGAAAUGAUGAUAAUGGUGAUGAUGAUGAUUGUGAACCAAAGAGUCAAACUGCUUCAAAACGUGUCAGUAAAUCUGAUCUACCAAGAAUUGUUACCAAUUUCAUAAGAAAUGACCGUGAACUCCACCAAAAAGUUCUAGAGUAUGAGCCCAUUCGGAUUGAGCAGCUACAAACAGACCUGUUAACCAAGGGUUUUAAAUGUGGUAUUGAAGCCCUAAUGACCUUCUUGGAUGAAAGGUGCAUCACAUUCCGCUCCGAAUCAAGCGGACCAAGAGUGAGGAAGAAGAAGGCAAAAUCAGCGAUGGGAAAGAAGACUGCAGGACAUUCACAGACAUGUGACCUUGAUUCAGAUUAGAUAUUUUAUCAGUUGAUUUUUAAAAGUAAUUUAUGUGAUGAUAGCUAGUGUACAAUCAGCAAUGCCCAUCCCAAA